AAACUAUAAACAGAAAUCCAGGAAAAGGAAUCCCUUGUUGUAUAUCCAUGAAGGUAUCCUUUUCUCUCUUUUUUGUUCACAGAUUAAACUUUAUCGUAUAUAAGGAGCUCUGAAUUCUUCUUCCUCAAUCUCAGAAACGUUUCUGACAACCAAAAACCAAUUCCCAAUCCCCCCAUUUUCUUGCAUAGCGAAAAACAUGUCUCUAAGCCAUCGUCAGCGGGUUACGGUCAAUGGGAUCCGACGGAUGAGAACCUACCAUUACUUCUGGUGUCUCCAUUGCCAACGCACCGUAAGGUUUUCCAAUUCAAACCCAUUUGAAACUCAUUGUCCCCAUUGUUUUCGUAUACUUAGUCACGAGCUAGAUGUGUCAAGGUCUAGGCUUAGAGCUGAUCUGUCUGGCACUGAACCCUACCAAACCACUGCUUGGUUAUUGGAUACCUUGGCUGCUGUUCUCGACCCUUCAACGAUGCAGCCAAAUGGAAAUUUUGGUAGAAGAGCUCGUUGGGAUUCAAGGCCUGAAAAUGGACCUUGGAUCACUCUGGAUUUUGUUGAACCUCCUUACCAGCAGCCGAGUCCUAUUAUUGCUCCGUACCUGGAAGAUUUUGUUCCUCCUGGAGUGAAUAAUGCAAGCAACAACACACUGCAGGAUCAAUUCGGCGAUUUUACCGAUGGCUUAACAGAUAUUGACAGGCCAGGGCCUCCUCCAGCAGCAGCUUCAGCUGUUGAAGCAUUACCAACCGUGAAAAUCACUGAAACUCAUCUGAUCAACAGCACUCAUUGCCCCGUUUGCAAGGAUGAGUUCGAAGUUGGUGGAGAAGCAAGAGAGCUACCCUGCAAGCACUUGUAUCACUCCGAUUGCAUCGUGCCUUGGUUGAGCAUGCACAACACUUGUCCUGUCUGCCGCUUUGAGAUCAACGAUGAUUCCAACGCUACUGAUGACGAUGAAAUUGGUGAGAUCAACUUUGACGACAUUGGUUUUGGCGUUGAAGAUCUGGCAAAUGGCCUAAGCUGGUUGCGGACCCAGUUCCUCUCUUCGAGGCCUCUUCGUGCAUUUUCUCAUUGGACACGCAGAUAUCUUGAUUUUCUUGACAGCAGGAUCAAUGCAACUAAUUUCUCUCGUGAGGGUAGCUUCUGGUGGCCCUCGUGGCUCAUUCUUUAGCUACUGUCUGAACACCACCUGCCUGCAAACUUUGGUAUUUUCCAACCCUUUCCAAGGCAGGUAUGUAUGUAUAUAUGUGUGUGUGUCUAACUCUAUCCAAACUAAAUUUCAAGACAAAAAGCACUGAUGGAAAAAAUGACAAGAUGUUGGAGCCUUUAACAGGUAUUUUACCUUUUUCUGAUCUUCCAUGUCUGUUCUGCAAAGUGCCCCACCAAUUCACUUCAGGAGAAAAUCUAUAAAAAUUUCAUUUGUUUGCAAUA